AUGCGCCUCAUCCAGAACAUGUGCACCAUCGCCGAGUACCCCGCCGCGGGCAGCGCCGCGGCCGCCGACUACUGCCUGCGGGCGGCGGGCCGCCGGCUGGUCAAGAUCGCCGUGCUGGGGGCCAGCGGCGUGGGCAAGACCGCUCUGGUGGUCCGGUUCCUGACCAAGCGAUUCAUCGGUGACUACGAAAGAAAUGCAGGUAAUCUCUACACCAGACAAGUCCAGAUAGAAGGUGAAACCCUGGCUAUUCAGGUUCAAGACACUCCGGGUAUCCAGGUCCACGAGAACAGCUUGAGCUGCAACGAGCAGCUGAGUCGGUGCAUCCGCUGGGCCGACGCCGUGGUCAUCGUUUUCUCCAUCACCGACUACAAGAGCUACGAACUCAUUGGCCAGCUCCACCAGCAGGUCCAGCAGCUGCACCUGGGCACGCGGCUGCCCGUGGUGGUCGUGGCCAACAAAGCCGACCUGCUGCACAUCAAGCAGGUGGACCCUCAGCUUGGACUGCAGCUGGCCGGCGUGCUGGGCUGCUCCUUCUACGAAGUGUCGGUCAGCGAGAACUACAACGACGUCUACAACGCCUUCCACGUGCUGUGCAAGGAGGUGAGCCACAAACAGCCGCCGAGCAGCACGCCGGAGAAGCGGAGGACCUCCCUCAUCCCCAGGCCCAAGUCGCCCAACAUGCAGGACCUGAAGAGGAGGUUCAAGCAAGCCCUCUCCGCCAAAGUGAGGACUGUCACCUCUGUCUGA